ACACGACACCUAACACAAGCAAGUCAUGGCAGUCUUUUGUGAUCUCCGGCUGGUUUCUCUGGCCGUGCUGAUGCUGGCGUCUCAGCUGGACUUUGCCAGUGCUUCUGUUCGGGUGUUUGGCUUGCAUGCCAGGGACCUCACCGGGGAUCCUUUCGGAAACGAACCCGAUCCCUACGUGAAGGUCUGGUGUGGCGCUGUUUCCGGGGGGCAGACUGAAUAUCACAAGGAUAACGCUAAUCCUACAUGGUCUGCAGAGUUCAACUUCCCAAACUGCAAAUGCGGUGAUGACGUGAAGCUGGAGAUUUGGGACAAAGACAAGACUUUCGACGAUCAUUUGGGCACUUGCAACAAAUUAGUUCAGUAUGGGUCUUUCGCCGUUACUUGCUAUCUGAACAAAGGAACCUUCUUUUACAGGUAUGAAGCAAAAUAAGUUUCAACUUGUAAAGCUAUGCUCUGAGACAGCCUCCUUUGUGUGAUGCUCGAUAACAAUAAAGUUGAACAGCAAUCACUGAA